AAUAAACGAUGUUCAGUUAUCAAGAGUUAUCGUUUACGACGCGGGGUCUCUCUAAGGUCAGUGUUACAAAUCGCGAUUUAGUUGUGCCUGGGACUUCAAAAUGGAAGCGUGGUUCGCAGUUUUGGCGCUUGUCGCGAUUGCUGAUGCGGCGAGCAUCAGUGGAAGUACACACUUCGACACCAUAGUGGUCGGAUUAGGAGCAUCAGGGACAGCCGCAGCGACGGAGCUGGCCCACGCUGGCAAGCGAGUGCUGGCUUUGGAGGCCCAGGGCCGCGUCGGGGGCAGGGUCAAUACGGUAUCUUUGCCCGGGGAUAGCUUAGUCGAGAUGGGGGCAGAAUGGAUCCACGGCCAAGAUUCCAGCGUGACCUACCAACUGGCUCUGGACAACAACGUGACGGUUCUUCGUCAAGAGCUGAACACGAUCACCCUCCGAUCCGACGGCGGCGUGGUGGACGCGGCGUUUAUGGAGGACAUCAUGAACUUCGCCAUGCCUUUGAUGGAAGAGGAUCCUGCGACCCCGGAGCCGUUGGGAGCUUUUAUGACAAGACGGAUAAAAUCCUACAUAAAAGAGCGCUACCCAUCAUUCUACGCGGACGAGGACUUCAUCCAGCAGCUCCUGGUCUUCAUAGACCUGAUCGUCGACAGCCAUGUUGGUUCCAACAACUGGAACGAUUCGACCACCCAUACGCAGUACGUGACUCUUGGUGGAAACCAGGAGAUGAGCUGGCACGUAUAUGGGUAUAAGACGCUGUUCGAGAUAAUGAUGAACACAUACAAAAACGGUCCUGGUCUGCCCUCGUUGACCAUAGAACUGAACAAAGAAGUGACGUCGAUCCAGUGGCCUCAGGACUCCGAGUCCAAAGUCGUGGUCCGGUGCAAGGACGGCUCGGAAUACACGUCUGAUAACGUCAUUGUUACGGUGUCUGUCGGGGUCUUGAAGGAGAGACACGCUUCCCUCUUCUCCCCGGCUCUUCCCCAAGAUAAGGUGGACUCGAUCAACGGGAUCCCCCUCGGGGUGGUCGACAAGAUAGUCCUUUUGUUCGCCGAGCCAUGGUGGCCUAAGGACACCUUCAUGGGGUUCGUUUGGAAGGGGGAAGAUAGGGAGAAAGUUCCUGAAGAGGACAAAUGGACUACAAUGAUUUUGGGGGCAAACCCACCUAUGAGUUGCGAAAGAGCAUUAACUCUGUGGACUUGCGGCGAAGUCGCUAAGCACAUGGAGACACUGUCAGAGGAAGUGGUGAAAGCCAAAAGCGUGGAGCUGUUGGAAAAGUUCGCGAACAGGACUAUUCCCAAACCUGUAGGAUUUGUGAGAUCAACCUGGUAUUCCAACCCGUACACCCGCGGCAGUUAUUCCUUCGACAGUCUCACCUCUCCCUCGCACCCAUCCCUCCGUCCCUCUCUAGCCUCACCGCUAACCGACUCGGCAGGAAAGCCCCGGGUUCUAUUCGCUGGGGAAGCAACAAAUCCUAUCCAUUAUAGCACAGUGCAUGGCGCGGUUGAGACUGGGAGGAGAGAGGCUAGGAGAUUGUUGGGACAGUGAUGAGUGAACUAGAACGAGUGUUGUACCUU